CGGUCGGUAAAGCAGACUGAUUUGUCAACAGCAAAGGGCGUUUUUGUAUUCUCUCACCGCCAUCUACAAUACAGCAUAGCCAGCGGUUUAAGUCCAGGCUUUUCGGAACAUUUUCGGGACGCGGUUUUGCAAACAUGACACGUGAUAAUUUAAAUUAAAAAUGACCGAGGGCACACCGAGUCUCAUUUUAGUAUCUCCAUUCACUGAUGUUGAUUAAAUUGUCGGUCGUCCCUCGACAUCACCGCCCCUACUGUGAAACCACAGUUUUACUAAGAAACGAAAGUCAUACAUUCAUUUUAAAGCAGCAUAUCCUGAAAGGUUUCGUAAUAUUUGUAAAGCGUACAUCCGGGCUAACCACCAGGUGGCGGUAAUUACACACAGGACGCCAUGAACGAGCAACAGAAGAACGUCAGCCUCCAUUUUCUCUUCUAGUGCUCUUCGCUGGUGCACUAGCGCCAUGAGUAGCGCACUUGAUGACUCAAAGACAACAGAGUCAAGUAUGGACCACGAACUCUACACUGUACAGAGUCCUUCUGAGGAUGUUAAAGAUGGCCCAGAUCAUGCAGAAUACAUUUAUAAAAUGUCAAAUGAAGAAUUUGUUAGAUUCGUGAAGUUGCGUGUGACCAACGACUCACUUUUCACUGGGAAGAGAAAUUCUUCUACUCUGGCAUAUAGAGCCAUCCUCAAGGAGUUGGGUCUGCAGAGAGAUAUUUCUGCCAGCCAGGCAAGGAGAAAAUGGGAAAACCUUAAAAUGAAGUAUAAGGACAUGAAGAAUCCCCCACCCGGUGUCUCGGUGAACCCCACCAACUGGCCCUGGUUCUCGCUGCUUGACGAUGCCAUGGAGGGGCGACUGGUAGGAAGUGAAGUUACUCUUGAUACUUCCUCGCUGGGUGAUGACAGCGAGUAUCGCCCGAACAACUCCACGCGCAGACGGAGCAAGAGAGCGCGAGAGCCAGACAGAAACGAGAUCGAGCUGUACGUCGAGGAGGAUGACAUAAUGUCAGAGGAGAUGGGGCGAGACAGAGGGGAGAUGGACAGAGACAGGGAUGAGAUGGAACAAGAAAGAUCCAUCCUGGAGAGCGACAAAGCCGCCAUUGAAUACGAGAGGAUGGUCUUGGAACGAGAGAAGAUGGUCCUGGAUAGAGAGAGAGCAGGAGUGGAGAGAGAACUUGCAGCGUUGGACAGAGACAGGGCCUCUUUGGAAAGAGAGAAGGCUGCUGUGGAGAGGGACAGAGCAUCAGUGGAGUACAUCCGAGCUCAGCUGGAAAAGGAGAGAGCAAUUUUAGAUCGAGAAAGAGCAAAGCUUGAGCGAGAGCGAGCUAACAUAGAGGAGCAGCAUGGGACCUCGACAGGGGGGCAGACGGUGGAGUUAAGUGACAAUCCGGAGGGAACUGAAAACACCAUUCCUUUGGUCAUGGAACCAGCAUCCUUAGAGAGAAGACAGAAAUUCCUCAACCUGUUUGAAAAGCUUAUUGAAAACUUCUGAAACCAAAUUUAUAAUCCGGACCGUUUAUACACGUAACCAACUUUUGUACACCUUUUGCUUGAUGUAAAAUUUUAUUUUAUUUUAUUUUGCCAAAAAUGUAUUGUGUUGUUCUACAGUGAUUGACUUAUGAUUUAUAGUUAUGAGUUCAUUACAGUUGAUCAUGUUUGUCGCUGUGUUUGUUCAAGUCAACGCGUUAUAAACAAGCAUUUUGAAAGCCA